UUAGACUAAUAUUUAAUAUUUAUAAUUUAUACCAAAAUAUAUAAGAUAGCUGGUGUGUACCUACUAAAAUAAUAUAUUGUUGCUACUAGCUCUGAUUUAAGAAUAGACUAUGUUAUUAUUGCGUAACAGGUCGUAAAAAUGUCGAUUGACGAAAAUGAAGACCGACCGGAAUCGGCCGAACGAGCCAUUCAAGUGACAAACUGCACAAUAUACGUCGGACGCGUAGGAAUCGUCAUUGACCCGCGUCUCAACUCCGAUUGUACCAGUAUUGCGAGGACACGCGCAACCGAAGACCGUGACGGGUCCUCCGUGAAUACGUCUUCAAAACAGACGGAUUUCGUUAGUGUUCGCAGCACAAAGCUUCGCAGCCAGCGCCAAUCUACCACCACGCCGUACGCGGCCCGAUCGAAGACAACAAAAUUCGGGCUGACAAGUCGGCAGAAGUCGGUCUGUCAUCAUCCGGCCACGUCGCAACUGCCGUGUUGUCUGCAUGGCGUUGGCCGGUGUAAUUAUGAGGCGCGGUUCGGCGCCGGAAGCGAUAACUACAUCGCCGGAACCGACGACUGCAACGCCGCCGCUCGGAACGGUGGUCUGUUGCGCCGGAACAGCAGCGGACGUUCGACGAUCUGGGGGACCCAGAACGGCGGCCGAUUGUCCCCGCUGAGGUUGGGGUCCCGGGACCAGAAUUUCGGGAAGUCUAACUGGUCGACGCCGUCCAAGAUACCGGUGCCCUAUUUGAGCCAGCCCAAACCUCCCGCGAGACAAGACAGGCCGGUGGACCUGUACGUCGGUUCCAGGCUUCCCGUGCCCGUUCGACCAGGGCCGGCGGCGGCGCGGAUUCUCCGGAUCGACCGUACUGGUGACGUGCGGCAGUUCGUCACUGCUGACAAGUUACCCGAAACCGACGACAAUCCAGACGACACCGACGAUAAGCCAGACGAUACCAAAGACAAACCAGCAGACGACACCGACGACAGGCCAGAUGACACCGACGACAAGCAAGACGACAAGCCAGACGACAAUCCAGAAGACAAUCUAGACGACAAGCCAGACGACACCGACGACAAGCCAAAUGACGUCGUUGACUUGCUUGACUACGAUGGCACGGCGGUCGAGCCCAGACAGCCGUGCGAGCACAUCAACGAGUCGGCCGCGAGCGCGACGUCUAAACUGGGGUACCAUUCACAGGCGCUGGACGACCGAAGCUCGACCACGGGUUCUGAACCGGCGGCCGUCGAAAGUGACAGCCUGUCCGACGCUUCUGACCAUUGGUCCCUGAAGUCGGUCGACCAAGACGAGUCAGGCAUGACAGUUCCGACCUUAAAACCCGUUAUAGAUGACGACGACUAUUCAGCUAUAUAAUGCUAUAUAAUGCUCAUAGUAGUGGCCAUCAGAGUGUUACAAUGUUGGAUGAGAUUUUACUUUAAUAUUUUGUGUAUGACGGAUUUAUAUAUAAUAUAAUUUAUAUUG